AUGGAAGGAGAGGCGAAGACGGAGGGGGGGGAGGGAAAAUUGGCGGCGAAUAAGCUUCCCUUGCCGGUCGCCGCCGCCUCCCCCUGUUCUUCCCCUUCCCACGAGUUCUCCUUCACGAUAUCGUUCCACCAUCCGUCUUCCUCCGGCGGCGGCGGGAAGUCGCCGUUGAGCAGAUGCCACGUGUACGACCUGGCCCCCGCCGACGACAUUUUCUUCCACGGUCACCUGCUGCCCCUCCAGAUCCUCUCCCACACGCCGCCGCCGGUCCCGGCCCGGGCCUCGGAGGCAGCGGCGGUGCCGGCGGCGGCUGCGGCGGCUUUGGAACAGAGCCGGCGGAGCAGCGGGAGCGCCGCCAACACCGUGAGCAGCAGCAGCAGCUGCAGCACGGCCAGCAGCGGCGGCGAGAACCGGGAGAGGAUGAAGAAGAAGCUCGUCUCCUCGCUGUUCACCGGCGUGGGGCGGUGGUGGAAGACCCCGGAGGCCGGGGAGAGGGAUGAGGACGAGGAGAAGCGGCGGAAGAAGAGAACGGCAGCGUUCGACGCCAUGAGCCGGCUGGUGAAGAAGUACGUCGCCGCAGUGGAACCCCUCUUCUCCUUCAGAGGAGGGACGGAGAAGCGCCACCAGUUGCAGCGGCGGCCCUACUCCUUCACCGGCAACUCCAAUGCCAAAGCCACCAUGGGGAGGGACGAGCAGUGGCGGCGGCGGCGGGGAGAGCUCUCCGCGCCGGCCUCCAUGCGCACCUCCCCCACCAACAGCGGCCUCCUCGUGGCGACGGCGGCGGCGGCGGCGGGGGGGGGUUCCGGCGGGUCGUCGGAGGAGAGCACCAUGGAGGAGCUGCAGAGCGCCAUCGAGGCGGCCAUUGCCCACUGCAAGAACUCCAUCGCCGCCACCAAGGAGAAGGGCUUCCAGCCGUGA